UUAUAGCGGGACUGCGGCGGACCUUCUGACACAGUGGGGGAAUGGAUUUGGUGUCACUGACAUCCCCAGUGACACCAAUACAGUGAUCAGUGCUAAAAAAAAGCACUGACACUGUACUAAUGGCACUGGGCAGGAAGGGGUUAACAUGAGGGGUGAUCAAAGGGUUAACUGUGCUGGGAGUGUUUUACUGGGGGGGCAGUGUGUUGGUGCUUCACUGCCUGAGCUGACAGAGAGGAGGUCUGUUAGUAAACAAAGCAGUCCUCCUCCCCAUCAGAGAUCCUCGGUAAUCACCGGGUGCGGCACGACUGUGAUUGACAACCACUGCCACAAAUGGCAGCGCGGAAAUGCAAAAUCA